CGCUCUCCUCGGCUCGGGUUACAGUUGAGCUCUGGCGGCUGCACACACCGGAACGCCGAGUGUAACAGACGGUUCAAAAAACACACACAUACCGGCGUGGGUAUGUUGGUGAGCUGAUUUAGGAGCCACCGUGAGUGCUGGCGAGCAGGUCCGAGCUUCCGAGCACUUUUUUUGUGAGCGGCAACAAACCAGAGAGUGAGGGGACGCGCGGUGUAUUUACGCACUGGACACGCAGCAUGCCCGAGUUGGACUAGAGGCGACUCUGCUGGAGCGCAACACGCACGCGGAACGGCGCUGAGAGCCGGGAGGGAUAUUUACAAUAGAAACAAUUCCUUUGCGACGAAGAAUAGCAAAGGGGGAGGAGGAGGAGGAGUGAAAGAUAACACUGGAAUGAAGUGGACCUCGGGAUUCCUGGCGUGCUGCGGAGUUGUGACUGAUGGAUGAAUGUGGUCAUCUGUAGGCUAUAUACAGCGACAGGUACGGGCACCAUCAGGGGAGCUCUGACAAAGACGCGGCGCAGCGCCUCGCAGACAGCCGCAUCACCACAUCUCCCCCCCUAAAAAAACUGUGCUAUUGGUUAGAUCUGCCUCAUCGCAGAUCGGGUCGUGUCGCUGAGUUUUAGAAGAAGGUCGCAGUUUUUUUUUUUUUAUUAUUCGUCUCAGCCACAGGUCAACAAGGACACCCGCUCCCUACCAAAUACUACCAAGAACCAGAGGGACCCCUUCGCACGUCUUGCGGACAGUUCAGUCAAGGACACUGAGUCUGGGGCAGAUUUAAAGAAGUCGGACAGAAGGACAUGUAUCUGAUAUCGACCUCACAUGCUCCCGACUGAUCGCAGCUCACCUUCCCAUAGAUAAAGGCUGCCAGGCGCACCGUCCGUCGCUCCGAGUUAUCGGCUCACUGUCUGCACAUCUAUCAGAAUGGCGGGACUCGGUUGUUGGAAGUAUUACCUCUGGAUCUUUAUUUUAAUGUGCAGAUCGGCGCUGCCCUCCGCGAAGUCGCUGGAGACUAUAAUUUGGAGCUCACAGAACACCAAGUUUGUGACUGGAAAAGGCCUGGUGAUCUACCCAGACAUCGGGGACAAGCUGGACAUCAUCUGUCCCAAAGCGGACCAAGGAAGAGAUUAUGAGUACUAUAAGUUGUACCUGGUGAAGAAGGACCAGGCUGAGACCUGCAGUACGGUCCUGGAUCCCAAUGUCCUGGUCAACUGUAACAAGCCCGAGAAGGACAUCAAGUUCACCAUCAAAUUCCAGGAGUUCAGCCCCAACUACAUGGGCUUGGAGUUCAAGAAGAAUGUCGACUACUUCAUCACCUCAACCUCCAACGGUACGGUGGAGGGCCUGGAGAACCGGGAGGGAGGCGUGUGCAAGAGCCGAGCCAUGAAAGUCAUCAUGAAAGUCGGGCAAGUCCCGAACGCCGUGCCGCCGGAGCUUCCAGAGGACAACGCCAUACCGGAUUCCAGUCCCAGCUCGCCUGACCAGGGUCAGAUUGGACCCGAGAUCCCGGGAAACCCUGACACCAUGAAUCAGGACCAAAACGGGUCCUCUGCCAAUUCGGACGGCUUCCUCAGCUCCAAAACGGCCGUGUUCUGCGCCAUCGGGGCCGGCUGCAUCAUCUUCCUCGUGCUCAUCCUCCUCCUCGUCAUCCUCCUCAUCAAGAUGCGCAAGCGCUCCAGGACAAACGCCCACUCUCAGCCCCGCCCCUCCGCGCUGUCGCUGAGCACUCUGUCCAAUCCCAAGCUGCCAGGGGGCACGGCUGGCACGGAGCCCAGUGACAUCAUCAUUCCUCUGCGGACAGAGAACAACUACUGCCCUCACUACGAGAAGGUGAGCGGCGACUAUGGCCACCCAGUCUACAUUGUCCAGGAGAUGCCUCCGCAGAGCCCUGCCAACAUCUACUACAAAGUCUGACAUGCUUCCCACAGCCAGCGACAUGGUCAGGAGAGAGUAACGGAGGAGCGCUUGAUUUAUGUUCCUGGGAAGAACACUUUCCUUUGCAUUUUGGGGACUUGAUGCUUCUUCAAGCCCGCCUUAUUUCUACCACCUGCUGCACAAAUCUGGAGAAACACGCACUGACCAGUAACCGGAGGGGGUUAUGAGCUGACUGAUGAGAGAGGUUUACUCUGUUUGUUUGGAUUGUUUGACAAUCCCCACCCUUCCUUCUCCCUCCCCACCCCACACCCUGCCAUCACCUCCCACCUCCUGCGUCCCCCCCGUCCGUCCCCCACUCCCCCGCCACCCCGCAGCGCUCUGGAGAGGCGGGGCUGGAGCAAACCAACAGAUGGAACUCUAACUUCGUGGUUCGCUGUCCCUUUUAACGGGCAGGAUAUAACUUAUCUCAGUUCCCUGAAGUACAGUCUGUGCUACACCCAAUUAAACACACCAUCCUAGCGCUCUAGCCAGGAACAGGCAGACACAGGCCUGAACGACACUCAGUCUGCAGUUUGUGUGUGUGUGUGCGAGCAUAAAAUCGCGCGCGUGUCAGUGUGUGUACGUGUGCGCGUCUCCGUGCGUGCGUGUGUGUGUGCGUGUGCGUAAGCGCGUGUGUUUGCCAGGGCCCCGCGCCCGGACCGGGAAAACUCUCCAGAUAGCUCAGGUAUCAGACACAGCGUGUGAAAUAAUGUGUUCCUCUCCCUUCGCACCUCUGAUGUUUGCCUUACUUACUAUUUUUAAUGGAGGAUUUCCUUGAACCCUGAUUCAGUUCACAAAGCAGUUGUAUUUUGUUAGACUUUUCCUACAAGUGCACAAUGUAUAGAGUUAAAUAGAUCAUCAUUACUGCUCCAUCUUCUCACCGCCCAUGUCAUCCAUUGCUCUCACGUUAUUUUUUUUCUUAAGAAAGUACCUUGACCUGGACUGUAGAUGCCGAGGUGUGUGUGUGUGUGUGUGUGUAAGUGUGUGUUUGUUCUCCCUUCUUCCGUCUCCACUGGUCUGAUAUGAGCUUUACCAUUACUCUGGUAUUUAUGAUCUACUUGUGUGUAUUUCAGGGUGUGUCGUCCUCGUGUGAGUGUGCCUGGGCAUGUCCAGACCAGUUUUGUAUCUGGGAAGACUUACUGGCUCUGGGGCAGAACACUACAUUAGUGUAUUGCAAGCUUCCAAAACGAGACAGACUGAUGCGGCGGCAGCGAGACAAGUCCCGAGAUCUCACAAUCGGGUUCCAGUUGGCACCCGUUGAAGGUUUCACUGUGUCUGAUGAGCUUUCACGGUGAUGGUCCUUAAGACAGCAGGCAGGUUGAUAUUUGUUUGCUCUAGCUCCUGGUGCCACGGUGGAAGCGUCAAAAUGUGAGCUCGGUGCCUGCUGCCUGGGAGAGGUGGGCGUAGGUUGGGUGGCUGGCACUGAUUGGCUGGCCUACAUAGGUAGGAUGCCCUAUAUAUAAGUUUGGAAGGAGAGCUACGACUGAACACUGGGAUACAGUAUCGUCAGAAGCCAAUUGGCUGCCAUCUGUAGAUGAGUCAGUGGAGUGCACAGUCAGUGCCGUCGCCAGCGUGUGACUAAUCUAUGUGCCAUCUCCAUGCCCACACUAACCAGCCGGGGGGGACGAGAGAGAGUUAGAGAGAGAGAGAGCGAGAGCGGCGGAUAAAGGAGAAAAUGUUCCUGUGACUUGGCUUUAACCUGAUGGCGGGUGGGGAUGAUGGGCUGAUGGAGGUGGCGGCGGUUGUCGUGGCGGUGGUGGUGGUGGUGUUGGUGUUGGCGGGGGAGGAGGGCGGCGGCGGCGGCGGCGGUGGAGGUAGUUUAGCAUUCAUUUUUUCAAUCCUCUCGCCAGUUGUGCUGUGAAUAAAAAUGCUGUGCAGAAUAUUCUGCAGUCAAGGUGUUCAGCCAGCGAGGACACUGCAGCCCGGCUAUCACACAGCCCAGGGCAGCAAGCACCAAGACACGAUUUACUGCAGCCGGAUGCGUGCAUGCGUGCACGCUUUUUAGGUGAGGGUUGGGGGGGAUGGGGAGGGAGGGGGGGGGGGCGGUGUCUGUCUGCACAUGUAGGCGCUUAACAGGUGUGAGUGCUUAUUUGUGCUUAUAUUUGCAGUUUUUACCCCUCUGUGUGUGUGUGUGUCUGUCUGUGUGUGUGUGUGUGUGUGUGUAUAUGUGCUCCUGUGGUCUAGCAGCCGAACAGACUUGUGCUGCGACUGGAACUAGGUGCUCCACACAGUGUGGCUGCCAAGGUACAGAGCGCCGCAGUCCCAGCUAAUGAUGUGUGAGAGGAGAGGGGAGCAGAUAAGGACAGCCAUUCCUCACGCACACACGCACGCAGACGUGAGCUUGACGUUUGACGCACGCACACGCGCACACGCACGCGCGCACAGACACACCGAGACUGACGGGCCCGGGUUUAUCUCCAGUCGAAUGGUCAGACUGGCGGUUAAUGUUUAUUCACCGGCAGAGACACCUAUCAUCCUGCUGCCACAUACUAUUGCCAUCCGCGGACACGCUGCUGAGUUAAAAGGCGGCCCCCGCUUGAAGACUCUGAGAAGACUCCAAUGGCCUUUUUUUGCGUGUCGUUAACCUCAGAGUUAACAACCUAAACAGCUGCUUGUGCUUUUGUGGUCCUGUGUUUUAACUCAGCAUGCAGCCCUCGGUGGCCCUCUGUGAAACACAUCUAGAUCAAAUGUUUUCUUUUCGGAUCACCGCGCAUCCAUUCACCUACACCAGCCUAGGGAGUCAUUACCAAAUUACCACAAACCAUAUCUCAUUUUCAUUCAUUCUAGUGACCACUUAACGUUAUUCAAAUUUGAUGAGGUUUAAAAAAAAAAAAAAAAGAAAACGAAAAAAAAUUAAAAAGGAGAUAACAGAAAUGUAAAUAUAUGGAUAGAGCCCGAUUUAAGAUGUAAUUUCACCCGAACACUGCUCAUAAGAAAAGUUUAAGAUUAGAUUUUUGUAAUGGAGGAUGUUUGUAAAUAGCUGUCUUUUUAAAGUGUGUUUUGUAUGAAUCCUUGCAUUUUUUGUCUCCGCAAUAUGUUUUUAUUUUAUUUUCCUUUAGAGUUAAAUUGAAUAUCACAUGAGCUGUCUUUUUUUUUUCUUUCUUUUUUUGCAGCGUCCAGUAUUGUCAAAAAGUCUUUGUUACCACAUGUGUUUUAAAACAAAACAAAAAAAAAAGACAAAACUAAGGUUCGGAAUUCUUUUUAAUUUUUUUUUCUACAUUGCAACUCAACAGGAAUUGUAUUUGCUCAGAAAACUGUUCAGGACUGAAGCUUGAGUGGCUUUGAAAUGGAUAGGUCAUCCUAACUAUGAGCGAUAAGACCCUCUUUACUGUUGGAGACAGCACUUAACUCUGCAUAUGAAGACUGUGUUAUUCCACUGCCUUUGAGUUACCUACACCUCCCACUCCAUUUUAGAGAUGUAACAAAAAAAAAACGUUUUGGUCCACAAAGAUGAAUCGUAUCUCAGUUUUAAUAAGCCUAUCGAGCCACGCCGGGAGAAACGCGGAAAGAGAGGAGGAGAAAAAGAAAGAAGGCCAUGUAUGAGAGUGUGACCGCACAGGCAUUCGCCAAUAAAUCAUCUGGUUUACACCGCUCAUUAUCUCCCAGACGCUCCUUUGUUUUAAAGAUGCUCUCUCCGUUUCUUUCUCUCCCUCCGCCCCUCUCCUUUGUCGUCCCUCCCUUCCCAAUUUAGCACACGGAUGUUGGCCGCCCAUGGUAUGAGCCGCACUGUAGGGUUGAUUUCUGCUAUUGUUCAAAGCCACAGUAUUAUUUUUCAAUGUGCAUGUGUAAGCAAAACCUGUUGAAUUUGUUUCCCUUUGUUUGAAUCACGACUGUCGAAGUUUAGUUAUUUUAUUUUAUUUUCUGCCAUUCACCUUUUUCGCCGCUUCUCAGCGUAACCUGUUGGCACCAGCUACAAUGGAAAUAACGUUCCACCAGUUUGGAAACUACCGCAUAUUGAUAAAUAAAAAUUUUUCCCAUGGAA